GCGCGGCUGCCGCGUCAGUGAUGUGGAGCUGUGCUCUGGCUCGUCCGGCCCCAGGCUCAUAGCCCAUUACACCAUCCGCCGCGGCAGCCGCUGAAGCCCGCGUUGACUGGAAGGGCGGGAGGCAACUCAGCGGGGCGGGGCGAGCGGCGCGACCGGACUUAUUCCUGUGGGGCGCAGGGUAUGGAGGAACUGUGCGACCGGAGGCGGACUGGGGCGGUGGAGGCGAGGACAACGGUUUGAAUUUGAAGAGGGCGGCCGUAGCCCCAGCUGCCAGCGGCGACUGGCAGGACUAGCCCACGGGCAGGUAGCCGUGACGGCGGCGGCCUGCGGGAUCCCGGGCCCUGGCCUGAGGCGCCCGCGGGGAGGCCUGGGCGGGAAGGUUUGGUGUUCUGGUUGUCAGAUGUCGGAAGGCAGUAGGACAGAACAAACUCACCGCGGUUUUAUAUCCGUCCUGGGGUGCAGUGAUUAACAGCGAACUUUGGUUCCUGGAACUCUUGCCUGUGUCCAUAGAGUUAAGCUGGAGCUUUGCUUUGAAGGAUAAAUAACACACAGCCUCUGAACUGGACAUAAAUGGAUCUAAAGACAGCAGUAUUUAAUGCAGCUCGCGAUGGCAAACUCCGGCUUCUCACCAAGUUGUUGGCAAGCAAGUCCAAAGAGGAGAUUUCCUCCUUGAUCUCUGAAAAAACAAAUGGGGCCACGCCACUCUUGAUGGCGGCCAGGUAUGGUCACCUUGACAUGGUGGAAUUCCUCCUAGAGCAGUGCAGUGCCUCCAUAGAAAUUGGGGGCUCAGUCAAUUUUGAUGGUGAAACCAUAGAGGGGGCCCCCCCGUUAUGGGCCGCUUCUGCAGCAGGACAUCUGAAGGUGGUUCAGUCUUUGUUAAAUCAUGGAGCGUCUGUCAACAACACGACUUUAACCAAUUCAACUCCUCUUAGAGCUGCCUGUUUCGAUGGCCAUUUGGAAAUCGUGAAGUACCUUGUAGAACACAAAGCUGAUUUGGAAGUGUCUAACCGACAUGGGCAUACCUGCUUAAUGAUUUCAUGUUACAAAGGACACAAAGAGAUUGCUCAGUAUUUACUCGAAAAGGGGGCAGAUGUUAAUAGAAAAAGUGUUAAAGGUAAUACUGCACUGCAUGAUUGCGCAGAAUCUGGAAGUUUGGACAUCAUGAAGAUGCUUCUUAUGUAUUGUGCCAAGAUGGAAAAGGAUGGUUAUGGAAUGACUCCCCUUCUCUCAGCAAGUGUGACGGGUCAUACAAAUAUUGUGGAUUUUCUAACUCAUCAUGCACAGACCAGCAAGACAGAGCGGAUCAAUGCUUUAGAGCUUCUGGGAGCAACAUUUGUAGACAAAAAAAGAGAUCUACUUGGGGCUUUGAAAUACUGGAAAAAGGCAAUGAACAUGAGAUACAGUGAUAGGACUAAUAUAAUUAGCAAACCAGUACCCCAGACACUAAUAAUGGCUUAUGAUUAUGCCAAGGAGGUAAAUAGUUCAGAAGAGCUAGAAGGUCUUAUUGCUGAUCCUGAUGAGAUGAGAAUGCAGGCGCUGUUAAUUAGAGAACGUAUUUUGGGUCCUUCUCAUCCUGAUACCUCUUACUAUAUUAGAUAUAGAGGCGCUGUCUAUGCAGACUCUGGAAAUUUCAAACGAUGCAUCAACCUAUGGAAGUAUGCUUUGGAUAUGCAGCAGAACAAUUUGGACCCUUUAAGCCCAAUGACCGCUAGCAGCUUAUUAUCUUUUGCAGAACUGUUCUCUUUUAUGCUGCAGGAUAGGGCUAAAGGCCUGCUGGGCACCACUGUUACAUUUGAUGAUCUUAUGGGCAUACUGUGCAAAAGUGUCCUUGAAAUAGAGCGCGCUAUCAAACAGACUCAGUGUCCAGCUGACCCUCUUCAGUUAAAUAAGGCUCUUUCCAUCAUUUUGCACUUAAUUUGCUUGUUAGAAAAAGUUCCUUGCACUCUAGAACAGGACCAUUUCAAAAAGCAGACUAUAUACAGGUUUCUUAAGCUGCAUCCAAGGGGAAAGAAUAACUUCAGCCCUCUUCAUCUGGCUGUGGACAAGAACACUACAUGUGUAGGGCGGUACCCUGUUUGUAAAUUUCCAUCUCUGCAAGUUACUGCAAUACUGAUAGAAUGUGGUGCUGAUGUGAACGUCAGAGACUCCGAUGACAACAGUCCCCUACAUAUUGCUGCUCUAAACAACCAUCCAGACAUCAUGAAUCUCCUUAUCAAAUCAGGUGCACAUUUUGAUGCCACAAACUUGCACAAACAAACUGCUAGUGACUUGCUGGACGAGAAGGAAAUAGCCAAAAAUUUGAUCCAGCCCAUAAAUCAUACCACAUUGCAGUGUCUUGCUGCUCGUGUCAUAGUAAAUCAUAGAAUAUAUUACAAAGGGCAUAUUCCAGAAAAGCUAGAGACCUUUGUUUCACUUCAUAGAUGAUAAUUUGACUGUAUUUUAGCACUGUCAAAGCACGAAUUGUUAACAGUUGUUUCAUAAAUGAGCACUGUUGUGAUAACACCAGCAUUCGUUUAGCUUGAUAUCAUCGUGCUCUCAUUAGCUAAAGCAUUAUAAGCAUCAAAUUUACAGGAUUGGUUUCCCAGUAUUUAAUAUAAAUACCCCAUAUAAUAUAUUGUUUGUGAAUUAUUGAGAAAUGUAAUGUCAUAUUCAGAUUUUAAAAGUUGUCUGCCAAAGGCUUAUUCCGGUUUUCAUUCUGGUUUUGCUUGCUGUUGGGUGUUCAGGACCGAGUUAACCAUUCUUCAGUGGUGUCUGUAUUGUCCUGGUUUGUGAAUUUUAUACAAUUGAAGGUCUUUCUUUUUUUGCUUCUUCCUUCUCUUCUCCAAGCUUCUCUCGUUUCCACUUCAUUUUUUCCUAACCAUUGCUUAUCAUUCUCUACCCCCACCCCCUAUGGACCCAUGCUAGGUCAUACAGACUUUAUGGACUUGUUACCAUUUGCAGUUACCAUAAGUGCUUUAUCUUCUCUACGCACUGGCUUAAACUUGACUGUUGUAUGAUAGCAUAUUUUCUAUGCAGCAGUUGGUCAACUUCAACUCAAAACACUGUUGAGUUUGUUACAAAGUUCAUUUUAUGAAAGUACUCUUGUAGCAUGAGUUUUUAGAGCUAUUGGUUAGCUACCUGAGCUCCAGCUUCCCCCCCAUCACCCGACAUCUGAGAUUUCUUUCUCUAAUCCACUGAAAUUAUUGUGUGCUAAAUUUGGGAAACAAAUCUAUUCUAACUCAUUAACCCAGUUGAAAUUUAGGUCUGUCAUCUUAAUAUAUCAUGCACUAAAAGGAAGAAUCUUUUUAAAGUGACCCACCUUUCAUGCUAUGCCAGCAUUGUCUUGCUUGUGCUGAUGAUGUGAUUAGGUAUAGAGAAUUUGCUUAAAUUUAACCUAAAGUUUAUCACGAAGCUUAAUGAGUCACAUUGAAAUAUUCAGUAAUUGAACUGCAAAUCACCUUUAGUUACAAAAAGAGCUAAAGCAUGUCAGUGGCAUGAUGCUUGCCAAGCCAGAUCUAGGCAUCUAGGAUAAUUAAGGUAUUUAAGUAUGCAAUUUACUGCCAUAGUAUCAACAGUCAGUAAGUGUUCUUUCUUUCUUCAAGUUUUAGUAUACCUUUAAAGAUAACUUGCAUGAAUUACUUUGGUCUCAAUUAUUUGUCACUGUAGUUAAACAUAAAAGGUUGCAGUGCUUCCUUUUCCCUUACUGAAAGUUAGCUUUUCUUUUUCUUUCUUCUUUUUUUUUUUUAUGUAUGUGUUUUUUAAACAGCUUUGCCAAUGCCACAGAAAGGGCUCUUUUAACUUAAGAUACGUGGAAAGUACUAAAAAAGAUUCAGGUAAUUAUCAUUCAGCACUUUAUUAUUCAAAAUAAAAUUUAUGAUGGCAUAUUUGCCCUACAAAUGUCUUAAUAAAAUUGUUAUGAAUAAAAAGACUUUAUUGGUUUGAGAAAAAUUCAUUUUUACCUGUGAGCUUGAUGAGCUGGAUUACUUGGAUUUUUGUGUUGACAUUUUAUUCUGAGGGUUGAUGAAAUGGUAUUUAGGGAGUCAUCAUUGCAAACAGCCACAUUAGGUUUAUUUCACCUUUAUUCAGUAAAAGACUGUAAUGAAGAGUAGUAAAUAAACAGAACAGCAUUUGACUUUCUGGUUAAAUAAUUAAAGUUUAAUUUUUAAAAAGCUAUCCUUAUUUUACUAGGUUGUAAAUUUAAUUUCACCAUUGACAAAUUUGAAUUGAAUAUAAAUGAUUGCUCUCCAGCCUUUUGAUGAAGGAAUUUCAAUCUUACUUACCAUGGGCAAAUUUGAUGAAAUAUGAACUGCCACAUAUAUUAAAAAUAACUUGUGACUUGGACAAAUAGCUAGAAAUAUCAGACAUCAGUAUUUUGAAGUCAUUGACAUUAACCAUGUGGUAUAAGAAUUGUAUAUGUAUGAGCUACUUUUUUUAAAAAGCCUUUGCAAGUAGAAUAAAUCUGCAUUAGUUGAUCUCAAAUUUUGGGUAAAAGAUGAGCAAUUAGAUUUUUAAGUGAUUUAAUAUUUCCUCCUCCUCUUUUGGGAAGGGGUAGGAGGACCUACAUGCUCUUACAGGAAGACACAUCUCACACUGUUUUACAGGUGAACUUGAAUUGUGCAACUCUAGUAUAAAAUAAGGAUUUCUUAGCAUUUUUCUACUGCUCAAUUAUAGAUAACUUAGAAUUGUUCCUCAGUCUUGAUAACUGAAAUGCCUUAUUUCAUUUAGGAUACAGUUCUCUUGUUUCCCAUCUCUGCAAAUGCCAUUAGGAGUGCUUGAAAAAUUAGUUUACUAGCUUAACAUUGUUAAUUUUUUUGUUUUAAAGGAGGUUUGGUAAAUGUGACCUUGGACACUGUUUAGGCCUUCGUCAGAAAGUAUUCUUAAAGUUGUUGGGAGAAAGAAUAAAAUAAAAUUUUUGUUAUUUUUUAAACCAAAGAUGAGUAAUUUAAUAUUUAAUGAGAUAAUUGUACUCAUUUGAGUCAAUCUAAACUUUACACUGUCGCAUGGUGAUGUUGGCUGAAGUUAAGAUCUAAGUUCUGAUUACAUUUCAAUAAAAAUGCCCUGUUAAGGCCUGCUGCAUUUUAGAUGUUCCACCAGUGAUCAUUUCUGUAAAAGAAGUGGUCACUUCACUCAGAUUCAGUACCAUUCUAUAAAGACAAGUAGAUGACAGAUUUUAAAGAUUGCAUUUUCUUACCCAUAGAUAUGACAGGCAUAUAAGCCCAAGUCAGCAAAAGAUAAUUUGGUAUGAUUUUAAAGUAAGUAAUUGCUCACUUGUAAGUGGCUACCUAGUGUAUAAUAUUUUACAGACCCCCCCACAUCUACAGUGAGUUGGAAAAAAUAUCAAGUCAUAUUUGAAGAAGUAGCUCUUUAAAAUCAUAUUACCCAGGCAGAAACCUUAGGUUGAAUUUUACAGGUAUAAUAAUCUUUGUAAAUUAAUUUUAUCAGAAUUUUGGGGGCUGAAUGAGAUAAUAUUCUUGUGCAGUGUAACAGCAUUAUUGCUUGGAACUUUAACCAUUUUAGAGGUAGAUACUAAGGAACUAAAAUUAAUUGCUCAUCUUUUUUUUUGCCCUUAUAACUAGUUUCUCUCCCUUUUGUUAGUUCCCAUUGUGUAUUUUUCAAAAGAAGUACUGUAUUCAGGUGCCAGCCAAUAAGUUGUCACACAAUGGAAAAUGAUAUGCCACAACAUUCAUUGUAAGGUUUAAUAAAAUUACAUUUGCACCAAAUACAAGUGUAUUAUUAACUUAA